AGUCAAGCGCUCCUCGUCAUCCGUGUGUUGGUUGCAAUAUGGAUUCGAAGAUGCUAACACUCGUCUUAUUCUGCUCUGCCACGAGUCUGGCCAUGGCGGCAUCCAGCGGCAUCCAGCAGCCUCCAGCAGCCCAGACGCCUCCGCCGCCAGCCGUGUACGAGGUCCUGGGAGUCCUGGAACUGGAGUCCACCCCGAGCAAGCACGACCAGAUCAUGACGACCAUGCUGGACAUCCUGCCGGACAUCAACCGGAUGAUGCAAGCCAUGACCGUCGACUCGACCAUCUCAGCCAACACGACCGAAGGCGAGAGGACGAGGCGCGUCCACCACAUCAUCCAGACGGCCAUAGCCAUGAGCCGGAUGAUCCUGGAGGCGCACGCCGAGGCCGACGGCAGCGAGGUGUCCACGGAGGACCUCCAGAGGCUGAAGGCUGUGGAAACGGAGGCUUACAAGAUGGCCCAGUAUUACAUGGCCAACUACCUGUCCACUCUCCCUAACUGCUAUUGCACUGAGACUGAAGGGGUUCGAGAAACUUCUGUGGCCUCCAGCGGGGAGGGAGCGCCCCCUGCUGCUAAACUUCCUCCUCCUAAGUCAAAACUCGCUAGAGUAGAACCUCUUGCAAGACCCGUUGCAAGGGCACCGCCCCCACCUCCUGCAGGCAGUGUGAAUUUCCAGCCUGUAAGUCAGCCAAGUGCCCCACAGAACCUGCAGUUCAACUCCUUAUCUAAUCUACUGAAAUCUCUUCCUGUAGGAACUAGGGUGCUAUGACGGGCAAUAAAUAAAAAAAAAACUAAAUAAAUAUGUAAAAAAAAGUGUUAUGCUACAAUGAAAGUUUGAAAAACGAUUAUAAAAAGAAGUCCUCAUAAAUAUAGAAGGAAUCAUUCGAAGUUACGUACAAUAUAAUUUUCUCUUGGCAUGUAGCAAUUUAAACCUACAUCAUUUAGAUUUACUAUCAUAACGUUGCUUCUAUUCCUCAGUGAUCUACAAAAAACAGAAGUGUUAACAAUGCAUCCUAAAUUGUAAAUAUGUAAAAAUUGUAAAUAAA